AUGCGCCUGCCCACUGAUAACUUCCAAAAUGAUACGUACGAGAAGGCAGGAGAAAUGAGAAAAACAAGGAGGAAAUUGAAAGGAGCGGUGAUGUCUCCCCACCUUUGUCGCUGGAUCCCUCUGAGACUUGUUCCCAAUGUUAACCAUCGCUCACUCAUUUUGUUUUGCCUCCUCAAACAUGCGACAUGGCUUCCUCCUCUUUUCUUCGCCCUCUUGUCCCUUCUUCCCCAUAGCUUCUUCUUCCCUCACUCGCAGGGUCCUUCAAUCUUUUUUGGGGGACCCUUCGCCCCUCCCCUUUCUUUAACUCCCUUUCUUUUCUCCUCUCUUCUUUUCUGUUUCUCCCUACCUUUCUUUUUUCUUCAAUUUUCUCUCGCCUUAGAUGUUUGCACCGCUUUCACUAUGAAUUGUUUCUCGUGUUUCACCUCCCAGAAAAGUAAGAAAAACCUUGGCGGGGGAGACCUUGAAUCCGCACCCCAGGAUCAUCAUGUCGCUUCAAAACCGCUGGAUAAUGGAAACCAAGGUCAGAGCCCAAAUAUUCAAGCGCAAGCGUUCACUUUCCGCGAGCUGGCCACCGCCACCAAGAAUUUCAGGCAGGAAUGCCUGUUGGGUGAGGGUGGAUUCGGAAGAGUGUACAAGGGCACCAUUCCGGCGACCGGCAAGGUGGUAGCUGUGAAGCAAUUGGACCGAAACGGGAUGAAUGGCAGCAAGGAUUUUCUGACAGAGGUUGCAGUUUUGAGUCGCCUGAACCAUGAAAACCUGGUGAAUCUAGUUGGUUACUGUGCCGAUGGGGAUCAACGUCUCCUGGUGUAUGAGUACAUGCCGGGGGGCUCUGUAUACGAUCGUCUUUUUGAGCCAGAGGAAGGCGAGUCUCCACUGGAUUGGUUCAACAGAAUGAAAAUAGCGUCGGGAGCAGCGAGAGGACUGGAGUAUUUGCACGACAAGGCCAAUCCCCCAGUUGUUUACAGGGACUUGAAAUCCUCGAAUAUAUUGCUGGACGAUGAUCUUAACCCCAAAUUAUCUGAUUUUGGGCUCAACAAGCUUUCCAGGGGAGACAGGACAAAUAUCAUAUCCCCCGGAGUUAUGGGUACUUAUGGCUACUCUGCUCCCGAGUACGUAAGGACCGGACACCUCACCUUGAAAUCAGAUGUCUACGGUUUUGGAGUUGUGCUGCUAGAGCUCAUCACCGGACGACGAGCCAUUGAUACUACCAAACCCAACGAGGAGCAAAAUUUAGUUUCAUGGGCACAGCCCUUAUUCAGAAAUCCAAAACAAUUCCCGGAAAUCGCAGAUCCGCUGCUGAAGAAGCAUUUCCCGGAAAAGGAUCUAAAUCAAGCGGUAGCAGUGGCGGCCAUGUGCCUCCAGGAGGAGGAAGGGGCGAGGCCUUUGAUGAGCGACGUGGUGAUGGCUCUGAGUUUCUUGUCCAUGGUUCCGCCGGAGGUAAUUCCAGCAUCGGUGUCGCCGGCCACCUUGCCCCCACAGGAUGACGGCUCAGAGGAGGAGGAGGAGGAGGGGGAGGGGGAGGGGGAGGGGGAGGGGGAGGAUUCUGACGGGACGGGACGGAAAUCAAGCCGCAGAAGCAGCAUGAGCUGGGAAGAGGGAAGUGUGUCAUCAAGCAAGAAAUCGCGAAAUUUAAACAAGAAGAAAAGCAGCUCCAGAGAUUUAAAGCAGAAGAGCAGCAAGAAGGGUGGGGGGAAAGUGUCGAGCAGAAAGAGCAGUAGAAAAUCAUCGAGAAGCAGGAAGAUGAGCACGGAGUGGGAGGAAGGUGGAGGAGAGGGAAUGCACGAGAGAGGGAGCAGCACGAUGUCUCAGAGAGAUAUGUCGUUUGGGCUCAUCAGCAGCGGGGAAAGCGUUCGCAGCGACGGCGGCGGCGACUACAGCGACAGCGACAGGGGCUCGACGGAAGGGGCCCACCAGCGGCUGCAGCACGCCCAUACUGCCAAACAGCCUCCCAAGGAUCCCCACAGGGAACGACUCACCGCCUCUAGCGCUAAAGUAUGAUUACAAAUCCCGACUUCCUUUGCCUACCGAGAAUAGCCACCCUCGUCUUCCGCGGCACCUCUUUCAUUUUAUUUUUUUUCAAUUUUAUUUAUUUAUUCCGGGCUGCUUUGGCCGUUCGUGCAUCACUUUCAUCUCAUAAGCGCCCCGCGAGACUGACGAAACACGGGUCCAAACCCCCCUCAUUCGAUAGCAACUUAAUCUCUGGUUCUCCCGCAUAAUAUUCUCGCCUGCUAAUUCUCCAUCAAAAUUGUCUGUAACCACUUUAAUUUAUCUCCUCUAUAUAUAUAAGCACAUGCUAUAUCUAA